AUGGCCGCAAUCGAAGUAGGAAACCAUUCCAAAACUCAUGUUAGAGGUUCAGAAGAAAGACCUCAUAAUCACCUCACAUUGACUCUGUCGCCUUUUGAGGCUUUUGACGUCCCCGGUCACCAAAGUACAGCCGAUUUUGGGCUGCCGUGGUCGGCAAGCUUUCCUCUCGGACUCAAACUUACCAAGGCCACCGAUCUCUCCGAAAGCAUUGAUGCCCUCCAAAACCUCGCCGAUUUGGGGACACUGAGCCGUUUGAUCAAAGAACAUGGAGGGGCAAUUCUCAUUCGGGGUCUCCCAAUCGAGACACCUCACGAUUAUAGCAAGGUCGCCCACGCAUUUGGCUUUCGUCCUCAUAUAGAAGUUGGACGUCCGCCACUCCGGACCGUUCUGGCUCCUAAUGUCAAAACCGCGAAUGAAGGUCCACCAGAGCUGCCCAUUUGGCCUCAUAGUGAAUAUGGGUGGUCAACGAUCAACCCAUCGUGGCUAACUUUCAGUGCACUCCAAAUUCCAGAGUCCGGCGGCGCAACACCCAUCACCUCAGCUAUCUAUAUUGCCCAUGAGCUGUCACGCCUCAGGCCCGCCUUUCUCUCUACCCUUCUGAAGAAGGGUGUCAAAUACGUGUACCGUUACACAACCAAGCCACUCGUCUCCAACACCGGGACGAGCGUUCGUGGCGCUUAUGGCCAGGAGGUCAGAGACGAAGAUGACGAGGCCACGGCCCGGAGCAAGAUCGAGGCUGAACUCCGACGCCACAGCAACCGAUUCGAGUGGCACGACGACGGUAGCUUGAGCGUGACGCACAUUGUCCCUGCCGUUCGCAUCCACGAUCCUACGGGGGCAACCGUAUUCUUUGGCAAUGUCACCUCCGCCUGGGGCCGUAGUCGCCACCAUGGUGCGACGCGACCUCCAUUCCGCGGUGAUGACGGAUCGUACCAUCCUCCCCCAACGUAUGGCGAUGGAACGCCUAUCGAUGUCGAUGACUUGGACCUGCUGCUGAAACUCGCUGAAGAGGGUGCCAUCGACGUUGAAUGGCAGAAGGGAGAUCUGGUACUUCUUGACAACUAUGCCGUGAUGCACUCCCGUAAGCCAUGGAAGGGGCAGCGCCAGGUCCUCGCUGCUCUUUGGGAUGAUGACGGGAGGAUCAGGGAUUUCCCAGAAGGCUUGGAAUUGCUGAAGAGUAGUCCUAGGGUUCCUCGGACUGAGUCUGAUGAUGUUGAGGACAUUGAUCAUCGGCCGUCUGAGGUCCUGAUUGGAUGAAAUGUGUAGUUUCACGAAUAUCAUCCCCGUGCAUAGACGAUCGUAGCCGCGACGUGACUAGUCAACAAUUGGCCAAGCGCACUACUCCGUUCAUUUGAUAUGAAGUGGCAGAUCUGGGGCUCACGCUUGGACGGCAUGGACGUGGAGUUUUGC